UUCUGCUGGCCCCACCCACAGGGACUGCUCUAUAUCGCCAAUCCCAAGAAUGGGGGUAGACCAGCUGCCCCUGAGCCCCAGGACCACCAGCUGGAUCUGUUCUCACAGGAGCCAUAGCAGAGGUACCAGGAAACAUGGUUCCAAUACAGCAGGAUUCUCGGCUUUGUCUCAUUUUGCUGCUGGGGCUCUUGGGAAUGGUGAUCUCACUCCAUGCCCCACCUGAUACUUUAACCUGGGCUCAAUGGUUUGAGAUUCAGCACAUAAAUAUCGCCUACCCUCAAUGCAAUGCCGCAAUGCAAGUGGUUAACCGUUACAGAAUGGUAUGUAAAGAUAGAAAUACUUUUCUCCACAAAACAUUUGCUUAUGUAGCUGGUAUUUGUAACACCCCAAAUGUAACCUGCUCUCAACAAGGCAAGAUGAACUGUCAUAAUAGCUCAGUCCAAGUGCCUAUAACCCACUGCAACCUCACAAGAAAUGCAAUGAAUUACACAAACUGUCAUUACCAACAGACAUCGACACAGAAGAUCUUCAUCAUUGCCUGUGAGAACAGAUCAUCCCGAGACAGUCCCAGGUACCCUGUGGUUCCAGUUCACUUGGAUAAGAUCAUCUAGAUUUGGGGUCAGCACUUUGGCCCAUGCUUAGCUACCAAGCACAAUGGUCAUAGCUGCAGUCCUAUCCCCAAAUCCUCCUGGGAUAUCAACAUCAGUCCUCAUGGCACCAGCCUCCCCGGUGCCCUUUACGCUUUGCUCAGCUGAAGCUACAUCUGUGCCCACAAUAAACUUUACAACAUUA